UCAGGACAGCCCAGGCCGCCAAAUAAAACUUGGCCACUUCCUCUCUUUCUCUCUCUAAGCCCCCGUCAAAGUCUCUCUCUUUCUCUCUCUACCCCCCGCUUCUGGGAAGCUCAUCAGCCAGCCAUGGACGACGCCGCUGGGGAAGAAGAAGCUUCCAUGUUCGAGACCAGCCAUGUCCUCGGCGCCCUGCUCGCGUCCUCGCCGCUGCUGGCGCGCGCCUGGGACCGUUGCGCGGCCGCCACCGCCGCCGCGUCGGGGCUCGUGCAUGGCGAGGACGGCGGCACGGUGUACGUGGGUUUCUCCGGGGUGCAGGCCGCGCUGUCGGCGGCGGGCGCCGCGGUGGCCGGCGGCGGCGCCGACGCCUUCGCGCCGGUGGGGCUCGGCGGGGACGCCACGCGGCGGAUGUUCGCGCCGCUGGUCGCCAACGCCGAGCCCGACGCCGCCGCCGUAGGGGAGCAGGUCGCCGUGCAGGCUCUGGCGCUGCAGUGCUUCUUGAAAUUGUGCGGCUCCCCUGAUUUCCAGAUGCUACUGGAUCAGAUCAGGGGCAAGGCAGUCGUGUUCACGGGCCACUCCCUCGGUGGUGCCAUUGCCGCCCUCGCGGCGCUGCACUACCUCUGCAUCUCGUCGUCAAGCUCGACAUGGGGGCCAGCUCCUUCGGUCCUCUGCGUCACCUUCGGCAGCCCAUUGCUCGGCAACGAGGCACUGUCCAGGGCCAUCCUGCGCGAGCGGUGGGGCGGCAACUUCUGCCACGUCGUCUCGCAGCACGACGUCGUCCCACGGCUCCUCUUCUGCCCCCUCGACGCCGUCCCCGCGCACGUCAUCGUCGGGAUGCAGCUUCAGCAAUGGCCGGCGGCGCGGACGCGCCACGCGGGCGCGGUGACCGCGGUCACCGCCACCGCCCGCGCGGCCGACGCCGACAGGGACGCGCUCCGGCAGCUGGUGCAGACGCACGUCGGCGCUGUGGCGAUGGACCAGAAGCUCGCCGACCCGGCGGCGCCGAGCGGGGGCCCCUACCGUCCGUUCGGGACGUACGUGAUGUGCACCCCGGAUGGCGCGGUGUGCGUGGACAACCCGACCGCCGCGGUGCAGAUGCUCUACGCCACGUUCGCGUCGCGGUGCUCGCCGGGGUCGGAGUCCCCCGAGGCGGCGCACUCCUGCUACGGCGACCUCGUGGUGAAGAUGCCGCAGCACCUGCUCCUCAGGAGACGCCCGCGUGCCGAUGACGACGCGCCGGUCAUCGCGUCUAACUACGACGCCGGCGUCUCCCUCGCCCUGGAAGCUUCCGGCAUACACGCCAUGGUGAGAGCUGCGCAUGCGACGGAGGCGUCGACGGCGAGGCAGUGGCUGAGGACGUCGAGGCGUGCGGGGCGGCGGCCGAGCCUGAACUGCGCGCAGCUGGCGACGAAGCUUGGUCGGAUCACGCCGCUCCGGGCGCAAAUCGAGUGGUACAAGGCGCUGUUCGACGGCGAGAUGGGGUACUACGACGCGUUCAAGAAGCAGCGGUCGCCCAAGAAGUUCGGCAAGGCCAACAUGUGCCGGUUCAAGCUUGGGCUGUUCUGGGACGGCGUGCUUGCCAUGCUCGACGCCGGCCAGCUCCCCCACGACUUCCACCGCCGCGCCAAGUGGGUGAACGCCGCCCGUUUCUACCAGCUCCUCGUCGAGCCGCUCGACAUCGCAGACUACCACCGCCGCAACCUCCACCGGACGCAGGGGAGGUACAUGACCCACGGCCGGGAGAGGCGGUACGAGCUGUUCGACAGGUGGUGGCAGGAGAAGGGGUGCAUCGGCGGUGGCGAUGUCGCGUCGUCCAUGUCAUCGGCGGCGAGCAGGAGGCGGCGGAGCAAGAACGCCGGGCUGACGCAGGACCCGUGCUUCUGGGCGCGGGUGGAGGAGGCGAGGGAGCGGACGGAGAGCGCCCGGAGCGAGCGCGACGCGGCGGUGCUGGCGAUGAUGCUAGAGGAGCUGCAGGAGUUCGAGAGCUACUCCCGCGAGCUGGUGGCGAGCAAGGAGGUUUCCACGGACGUGCUCGCGCCGCAGUCGAGCUACACGCUCUGGGUGGAGGAGUGGAACCAGCUCAAGCUCAGGGAUGAAGUGAGGGCCAUCCUGCUUCAGUUUUGAGCGGGGAGGCUGAAGAACAGCUGAAGGAUUAUUCUAGGUAGCUGGUGCCUGGUGGACAAUUUCCAAAAUUUUAGGUAAGCAUGGUGGAUGGAUGCUAAACUACUUUAGUAUAGGUGAUUGUAAAUAUACUAGUCACUGGAUCAGGUUUAUUAAAUUUAUAAUGUAUUUGUUCUUUCAUGGAGUAUAAAACCUUUCACCUGAUUCAGCUAAGUUUCCCCA